AUGGAUUCCAGAUCCGACUAUACGCCGACCCACCAGGAUGGAUCUCGACUGUCGACAUCGGCCUGGCCGCAAGGGUCUUCAGGCCCAGCGCUUUCGCCGAGUGUCGCCGUCUCUCAUCUGCCACAGCAGCAGUCUCGUCAGGGAGAUUCGAGACUUGACGAGUCCACGUUGGCAAGGCGUACUGCGGCAUUGCGCCAGUUACAUGGCAACCCAAAGCCUCUAUCCCGGCGACCCCGAGACAACAAACCCAUAACUGGGCGUUCUUCAACACUGGCUUCUCAGCCGGUCCUGGUGCGGUCAUAUUCUCCAGGUGUCAAUGGGUCGUCUCGAUCAUCUGCAAAUAUGCCUUCCGAUUCAGAGUCACGGCGGCGAUGUGAGAUGCCCUCUAUUGAUGAUUUCAACAUCGAAGCGAUCUUGAACGCAAUAGAGCCUGAUAUACGCAGUACGCUGGACUCGAUUGCUGAAAUUUGCGGCCGCAGUAAACUGAGUCUUGCCAAUGAAUACGGAAGUCAUAUUGCCCCGUUUGCCGAAAUCAACACUCCCUUGGGUGGCUUAGUGACCGUUGAGGAAGCCAGUGUGAGCAGCGAACGACUAGCCAACGCAGAUGGCAACAAUGUUGUAAUUAUUGACGGUGAGAACGAGAAUUACAACUCAACAAUCGGUUUGCUCGAAAAUUUGAGAACAACCGCGUUUGCCACUGGUUAUCGGCAAACACCUGGAAGGCCGAGCGAAGACCAGGUCAAUUCCGAACAAUCAAAUGGACAUGAUAUUGUCGCGGGCGAAGCAAGCCCGUCAGAAGUUCCAGUGGUCAGAUUGGAGGCACCCUCCAAAACAUCAAAACCGGUUGGUAAGGCUCUGCUAGCCCCAGCCUCUGGCUCAUCCACGGCUGCCAAGCAGUCGACCAUUACCUCUCCACCGAUGCUAUCAGAAACGCUCCUGGAAGCUCAGGGCAACAGAUCAUCUUGGCCAUCAGUGCCCCCGGAUACGCCGCAAGGCUCGCCGACACUUCGGUCGACGUCCUUUGCUGCAAACCGCCAGGCGUGUUUUCAGAAUCAGUUGGUCGAUAGGAAAUCAUUUAUCAGGGAAGUGCAGGACUGGCUAGACUGGUUGAAAACAAUUGCCCAACGUGAGAAACAUAGCCCCCAGAGUAUAGAACCUCAGGCACGUUCCGCGGAAAUCACUCUUCGCGCUGUUUUAGCAAGAGACCAAGACCAGGCUAUAGCUGUCCCGAGCGCUUGA